CCCUCUCACCCGCAGGCGGCAGUAAGGCUGAGGGAAUUGCUCGUCAACUUUAUUCCUGCAUUCACGCGUUCACCAUGGUGGUGGCUUAUCCCAUGGGUUUGCUAGUAUUCACCCUCCUGGUAGCAUCAUUUGUUGAUGCCAUUGCUGGCACCGGCGCCGAAGUCUUGGAUCGCGAUUUUCCGGAACCCCAGGAUAUUCUCAGCCUUGCGCCCGAACAGCUUGGGUUGGGAAAUGCGACCGUAUCUUCGACUGAGCGUCUCCUAGAUUUUGGUAUGGAGGAUUCGAGGAAAGAAGGUCCGCAGAAAGUCAACACGAAUGCCUUUGCAUAUGCGAAUAUUUUCAAGCGUGCAGGGUGUACUUUCACUAGAAGCGGAGAUCCCAGGACAUGUGUAACAACUGGGGAUAUUUGCUGCACUGAUCCAAAUAAUGCUCAGGAUGGGUGGUGCUGCCCAGCGACGGAUGGGUGUGGACCAGGCACGGGCACAUUGGGAAAGUGCACAUAUCGGAUCACAUAUAUCACGAGCACUUAUUACACCACCUCAUACACGACCAAGUACGAAACGUUUACCACAAGCAUCCCCGCUUCAACGGAAUGGACAACCAUAGUCUCCACCAGCGUCGAGGUCGUCACUCGUUCUGACGUAGACACCGCAACAGAAUGGGAUACAGUGACCAUCACCAGAGCAGCGAAUAAGGCUCGAUGGGGACCAACAGCACACCCCCCAUGCCAUUCAACUCCAAUUGCAACCGCUACAGGCGUUACUUUGUCUUCCGCUUCUCCUGCUGCCGAGAAGCACCAGAAGCCGCUCAUGCCUGAAGUUACCCCGGCGGCCAAAUUGCAUAUGCGUGGACUCCUCCAGCCCCGUCAAAUGAGGACUGAUACGUCAACACGAUACUAUACCUCGACGGUUUAUGUCACGAGUUCUGUGGAAAUUACAUCUCAGAUAUUUUACACCCAAACAAGCACCAAGACUUCAACGACAGUCAGUACCAGGACUUCUGCUCUUAAUGCCAAAACCACUGUCCACUCAACAACCACACUUACGCUCAAACCCGGAGAAUCCGCACCCGCGCAACCUGCUGAAACUACUGGUCCCGCUGGAGGAGGAGGCAACAACGGCGGCGGUGGUGGUGGUGGAAAUAAAGGCCUAAGCACAGGCGCCAAAGCAGGCAUUGGAGCGGGUACAGCAGGUGGCUCCCUCGUCAUCUGCAUCAUCCUAGGCUUCUUCCUCGCACGGAGACGCAAGAACAAAAAGAAGGAAGUCACCGAAAUGAUCAACCAAGCCGUUACCGCAGCCACUGCCGCCGGGCCAGGUCAGCACCCACCGGACAACAAGUACUCCAUGCAAAUGGCGGGCGCGUACGGACCUCCGCCUCCAAACUCACAAGCUCCGUCCUCGCCUCCUCCCCCAUCAAGUCAAGGCCGCUACUCAGAUAUCAUUCCUGUGUAUGGCAGCGGUGCGCCGAGUCCAGCACCGAUGUACAGCUAUCCAAAUCAGAGUGUCCCGCAGAAUUAUCCGAGCCAGAGUCCACCGCCACAGGGCUAUGAGAUGAGCGCUACGCCCAUGCCUGCGCCAGUGCCCAUGGCGUAUCAUUAUCCGAGGCCACCGAGUCCGGGAGGCCAGAGCCCAGGCGCGGGAAGUCCUCAGCAGAUGCAGCGGUAUGAGAUGCAGGGUCCGGCGCCCCCACAGGAAGUUCCCGCGAACGUGUAUAGCCCGAACAUGCAGUAUCCGCAGCCGUAUAGGAAUGGGUGAUUGAGCAGAAGUAGGGAAUGUGAGGUGUAGAGAGAAAGGUUAUGGGGAGAUGGCUGGUGGCUUCAAGUUCAAGAAGGAAGGGCAAUUCUUGGGAUGUUUGCAUCCAAUUCGCACGUCCAUCAUUGAUUCACAUUAUGUUUUGAGUAAUUAGUGUUACAAUUGUGAAGAUGAAGUUCUCCGGGAACUUCAAAGCAGCUUGGGGAUUGUUUCGUUGGAGUAAGAACAUCCGCAUUCUCGAUGUAGAUAUGUAGAUACCCC